CAUUUUUCGCAGCUUUCGAUCUCGAUUAUUUUGGAAACCUGAGAUUUAACUUGCGGCUAAAUCUCGUUUUUUAGCAACCAAAAAUCUAUGAGAAACAUAUCGUGUCUGAUUCAAAAUAAUUUUUGAUGCUGUAAUGUAAGCUAUAAUGUAAUCGUAUAACGUUGAUCUAAACGUGCUAUUAGCACGGAACCGCGUCUGUUUCUCGAGCGUACCGCUUAAUUACGAUAGACACAGUCGGAGGACAUUCGUGAUCCUCCACAUUGACGAUCAUAAUCCAAGUAGUGUUCUGCUCCUAUAGCGCGUAAUUGCGGCUCGCCACGAGAAAUUCGAGCUCUGUGUACGCUAUCGUGUCCCAAUCAUGCGAUCUAUGGAGAAGGACGAUCCGCGGACGGUACACGUUCCCCUGUGAUAGUUGCUCACCGUUUGCCGAGGCGAGUGACGAUCAGUAUAAAGUAGAUAAUGACCGUCCUCGGUGGCCGUCGUGUAUCAUCGUUAUAUCCAGACAGUCGUGUUCGACGAUAUCGUUCGUAUUUGUACGAUGACUUUUCGGUCUUCGUGUUAUGUUGCUCUUCAAGACACGAUAAACACAUUAUUUCGCCGUAUAUGUUUGAAUCGUGAAGCGUUCUGAUAAGCAUCGACGUGACAACACUGCGAUCAUUCGAGCCUAUCAGUGUAUUGUUUGCUUUUUACCUGGCUAGUCGUAAUAAGAAGAGAAAAAAAAUAGAAAGUCGGAAAUAAAAAGGAGAGAGAAGAAGAUUGAAAUUGGAGAGAAUGAAUAAUAAAUAAGAAAUUCGAGAAAUAUUGAAUAAAUAAGAAACUGAAGGAAUCUCGAAGAGAGGAAUAUAUAAAAGAAACAGGCACGUGUGAGAUACGUUGAAUCUACAUAAACGAUCAACAGGCCCAAUUGAUAAAAUUUUUCUGAUAAGUAAUGAAAUGUUUGAAUGGAAUGAAUAAUCUUUGAUCUUCAAAUGAGUAAUUUGCUUGAGGAAUUAAACAAUAAUAGAAAUAUUCGCAGCGGCUUGUCAUUCUUUCACGAUGUUAACUUUCUCGGUGUGGAAAACAACCGUGCACUACUGCCUGCGACGUCACUCUGGUAUAUCGUAUUGUUUUCCGUAUUUAUGUCCUAAAUGAUAAACGAAAAAAGGAAGAAAAACCUAAACCAAGGGGGAAACGAGGAUACUUGUGGAAAAAGUUUUAUCUCCUGCGUCUCGAGGAGGGCGGUGAACGACGGCAGAGUAAUUGCGAUAACUCGCAAACGCUGCUGGUGAACGUCUCGGAUCGGCGCUACACAGUUAUUUUCGUGAGAUUAACAAUCGCGAUAGGAGAUGAUGGAUAACAGUGAUAAGAAUUUCGAAAAGCUGCGAGAGCCGAGUUUGAGGAUGAGAGUUUAGAAUCUUGGACUUCUCGGGACAGCGGUGUGAAAGUUUUAAGAAGUUUUAAGAAGCGGCAAGAACUUCAAGCAAAAGUUCUGAAACUGAUAAUACUGAUUGGAACAGUGAAUUUUGAACAGAACGAACUUUUCUCAGUUCGAAUAAUAAAUUUAAUCUUUAAUCUACGAUCAAAUAAAACACGUUUAUAAUAUUUCUAAGAUUGUGGUGAUACAAUUGUGACGCGAUAAUGGAGCUAGUUUCUAUAAUAGUGAUAAAGGUAUUUCAAUUUCGAGGAAACUGACGGAAACAUGUGAAGCACGUGAUAGAAAAGUGCAUCUGCAAAGAGUAUCGAAACAUGGGGCGUUCCACGUGUGCAACGGAAUCCGAAUACUUUGAGACUUCGUGGAAGAUCAAGGUGGAGCAGAUUCGCCGACGGCUGAGAACACUCUUCGAAAGAACGUUCACGCGUUAUUACAAGCCCAAGAAGAAGGGCUACACCAGAUUUCUGACGGAGGAGGAGCAGAGGUGGCUGGUCGCCGCCGAAUAUGACAUAUCCACCCGGCUUGCAGUACCUUAUGGGCCUUGAUUAUCUUUUCGUGAACCAAAAAGUUGAGUUGCUCCAAGCUUUUACUGGAUGGGAAACUAAGAACAAGUAUGUUAUUACGGAUAACAAGGGCGAGCCGGUGUUUUAUAUGGCCGAAGAAUCAGGACUUUGUUGGCGAUUGUGCUUGGGAAAGUAUCGCAAGUGCGAAUUCAACAUCUACGAUAAAAAUCAGCACGAGGUUCUUCGUAUGAUUCGACCCUUCAGAUGCGACGGUUGUUGUUGUCCUUGCUAUCUGCAGGUUUUAGAAGUAUAUUCCGGAAAUACUCUAUUAGGCAGCGUUACUCAAGAAUGGAGUCUUUGGCGACCGAAAUUUUACAUUCGCGACGCAUCCGGGCAGCCAGUGUUAAUGAUAAAAGGACCACUUAUUCGUUUCUGUGUUGACGUAAUUUUUAAGGUCAAAUCCUUGGAUGAUAAGCAUCGUCUCGGCAUGAUCCGAAAGCGUUGGAGUGGUUUUACCCGAGAGAUAUUCACCGUCGCCGAUACAUUCGGUAUAAACUUUCCGCGCGAUCUGGACGUGAAAAUAAAAGCCGUGCUACUGGGAGCGUGUGUUCUAAUAGACUUCAUGUAUUUCGAGCAGGAAACCUAAGUCAAUCUGUUUCAAUUUUUGAAAGAAGACAAAGUUGUUCACAUCUUUAACAAAGAUUUUUAUCAAAUACCUCACGAGACUUUUAAACUGCGGAAUGUUUCUGAAAAUAAAGGCGAGCGCUAUACAUAUGUACAUACUGAGGUUGGAAUCUUAAUCAUAAAUUAAGAUUAUAAUUGUAAUUAUAGAAUAGAUACGAUUAUCUCAUUUUUUAAAGUUUUACGAAUAAUCUUUAUUACCCAUACAGCACAGAUCAUUGUAACUUAUAUUGUAACAAUAUUGCAACAUUAUUGCAAUACAGUUCAAUGCUUUGUGCUGUAUGGGCUAUUUUUAUAUAUAACUAAACUGCAUUCAACUAUAUUUUACAAUUAAGCUUACAUUCAUGGAGAUGUAACUUGGAAAUCGAGCUUAUGUUCACUGCAGAGUUCGAUAUUGAAAUGCUCUCUAUUUUAUUGUAAACAUGCAAUUGCCUAUUCAUUAUAAUCAUUAAUUAUUGAUUCGCGAUGCGUCUAUUCUCUCUUCUCCGAGCUGUCUUCCGCGAAAAUCAUACGACAUAAAUACAAAUGAUUCCCUUCAUACGCAUAUAUAUAUUGUACAUACACGAAUGAAAAUUAUUACUUGAUUAGCAUCAAGACUGUCCUCUAUUUUACUGAAUAUAAAAUAUAUGCAAAUGUGAAGUGUACAAAUAAUAUCCAAAUUUGUGAAUUGCAAAGUACAUCUUUGUAUUAUAUAUUUUAUAUGUGCUCUAAAAACUAUCGUACAUAUCGUUAGUGUAAGAAACAAACAUUUAAAUUGUACGAUAAUAUACAAUUUUUACAUUGUAAUCUCAAAUUUCAUACAGAUAUUUUAUUACUCACGCAAUAAGAGCUUUGCGUAUUUGUAGACUAAAUAAUGUUCAAUAAAAUUAAGUUUGAAUGUU